AGGAACGCACAAACAAGACCUUGCUUUUAUCAUCUAAACGGCAACGGAUUUAAAUAAUAUACCGUUUUCUGAAACGCAGAAAUCGUUGCGUGUUACUUCAGAGACACGAGGUUAUUCAACCAAUGACUAAACGCGAUAUACUUUUUCCGUAUUAUAAAUUAGAUACCAACUGUGAAAUGGUUGUUGCACAUUUUAGAUAGACAUCGUGCAACAAAAAUGUAAUGGAUGCAAAAUUAGGAAAAUAUGUAAACCCCUACCUUGAUCUCUGCAAUCAAGUCAUCCUUACUCAUGUUUUGCUUCUCCGUAACUUGGAUUCCAUUUUCUUGCAGGAUCUUCUUACAACAAGGAUCAACACUUUCACUGAUUAAAAUGCGUUUAAUGGAUAUUGGGGCCAUUUUUCUGUUCUCAACAGCUACGGACAAUUUCACAGAUUGGAACCUCUAUGUAAACUGCUGAUGGACAGACACUGAGAAGUUUUCAAUUCAGUUGGUUUUGAAUGAACAUUUCGGAUAAGGACUGCCCCAUUCAGUAAACCCGCCUCUUCUCAUCUCCAGUUUCUGACGUGGAUGCUGAAACAACGAGAGGCCAUAGAUAGAGAAGCAUAGAUAGGCUACAACAAUGGUGGAUGAAUUAAGAUGUCCCACUCAGGCCGUUUUACUAUUGAAAAAAAUUGUCACAGUUCCUGUCUGCUUAAGGGGUGGCACCAAUGCAUUAGCAGCUGGAUCUGGUCUGCUUAGUUUAUAUGAACCAGAUUUAAACAGCGAGUGAAAUGUUUCGCUUCAUCUUCAGUCUUUGCUUUAACCACAGAAAUGACUUUGAUAUAACUUGUCGGACCAGAAAUACGACCGGCAAUGUUGUACAGUAGUGAUACAAUUCUGCUGACUGAGUUUUAAAUGAAAAUGUUAUUCGAAACUGAAGAACAUUUUAAUUUCUGUACAUGCCUCUCCUUCCUAAACGUGAUAUAAUCGUAGCUGAUUUCUCAAGAAUAUGAGUUCAAAUUUAGCCAGCUUUCAAAGUCUGUGCUAGUCUAAUUGGGGUGUUUGAAUGUGUUAGGCCAAUCACAUGACAGGCCCUUCUCUGUUCAUUACCUAGAAUAAAGCUCUAGUGUGAGACACCACGCCUACUUUUACCCAGUCUUUCUAUGCACAUAGCCGAAAUGAUUUAUCUAGUGGUCUGUGUAUUGUAUUGAAUACAUAUUUAGUUAUUUGAAUUGUUUAUACAUGUAGGCAAUCAUAUGAAAUACAAUGUAACCAUCAACAGAAAAAAAUAGAAAUUACCUCUUAAGAAAUGUGUGAAACGUAAAACAAAUGUAAUUAAUCUAGGAAUUCCACAAGUCACUUUUCUCCAUCAAAAAAAGUGAAGAAAAACAUUUGGCCCAACAGCCACAAGAAAUAAUAAUCAAACGGAAUAACAUUACACCAAAUAACAUCUGAGUAGGCUCCAAUUCAGAAUCCAAAGCCAUUCAUAUUACAUCUGUAUUGCAUCCAGACAAUCUUUGCUUUAUUUUUCCGCGUAGAAAUGACACCAUCUGGUGGGAGACAAUGGAUUUUUUACUUGACCGUGGUUCUUCGAUCACUCGCAUUCUGAUUGGUCUCUGUGUGUUCCCAGGUCUCCGCUCUACGCAGCUGGUAUCGGGCCGCAAAAGCGUUGCUAGGAUACAUUGCAACAAAUGUGUCCAUCGUUACUGGAUACAGUCCUACAGAAAACAUUCCGUCAAAGGCACUUUUUUUUUUACACAACGACGUUGUAAAACUGUCUAGUGACAACAAGAAAAGUGCCAUGCAACUUUCUGUGAGCUCUGAAUGCUCUUUUUUAGAUUCAUACGAUUGAAACCAAAAUACAUUCAGAUCAAAUGGAUACUGCGACUGUUGUCCGGUUUGGUCGAAGGAGUGGGUCCAGCAAAACAACGCUAGCAGUUGAGGAAAAAAAAGCAAUGCAACCACCAGAUCUUCGACAAGUCACUGUUUUGCCCAAAGCCGAAUGGCUCCGAAUUCAAGGUAGUUUGAAUCAAGGGAAUAAAUACAACGAGAGUCUAAAGGAAGCAACCAAACAACGAGAAGCUAUGCACCUGAGGUCCAAGGAGGUGGUAAAAUUCUGGUCUAACACAAUAGCUGGACAAAGACAAAAGAAACUGGAGGCAAAGAGGAUUCGGGAGGAACUUGAAGAAGAUGAGAAGAAACAGAUGGAUAUUGAGGAGGCUAAAUAUCAGGCGCAAAAGAGGAAAGAAGCUAUUGAAAAGGCCAAAACUCAACAGUACUACGAGACUGAUCGUGUGAAAGGAUUUCAUCGUGCACUCUUGCUGACAGAAGUCCUGAAGGAAAGGGAGGCCCAGAUAGAACUGAAGCAGAGAAAGCAGGAUACCUCCAAAGAUGUGGACAAGGAAAUCAUGGCUAUCAUUAAGUGUAGAGAGGAUGAAGCUUUGCAAAAGGAGCAGCAGAAAGCUUUGCAGAGGAAGCUUGACAUCCAGGCCACAGCAGAAGACUUAAAACAGCAGGCAAAGGAACAUGAGAUGAAUAGAGAACGGGAGAAACUGGAAAACAAGAAAGAGGCUGAGGAACUCCAGCGACUGAAAGAGCUUUUUCUGUGGGAGCAAUGCAUGCAGGAGCAAAAGAAAGAGGAGCAGAAGAGAAAUACCAUGAAAGCUCACAUGGAGCAUCUCUCUAACAGAGAUAUCAUUAGAGCAAUAGAGGCACAAAAGCAAGAGAUGGAAGAGGAGCGCAGGAGGCUUUUUGCAAAUGCAAAACAGAAAAUGGUGAAGUUGAGGAAAGAGAAAGAGGAAGAGAUGUUCAGAGAGGUCCAAAUGCACAGGGGGGGGAUCAUGAAUAAACUGGCUGCAAAACAGCAGGAGCAGACGGAAAAUGAGGAACUCAUCGCCAAGGCUAUUGCUCAACGGGAUGCCAGACAGGCACAGCAGCAGAAGGAGAAAGAUGACAAGAGGAUUGCUAUGCUGGACUCAAUUGCCUCACACAGAGAAGCCAUGAAAGAAGAACAGGAGCAGAAGGAAAGAGAACACAACGAGAGAGCUAUUGACAUGCUUUAUGCCAAGAAAGAAGCAGACAGAAUCUUUAUUGAAAAACAACACCUGAAGGCACUGAAAAUGAAAGAGGAUGGAAGAACUUUACAAGACGUCUACAUUCAUCAAAUGGCUGAAAAACGUGCCAAGGAACAGCACAUAAGAAAGCAACAACAGGACUUUGAGACCAAAAAUGCAGAGCUCAUUGCUGUGGAGGAGAAGCAGUUCCAGCAGUAUGCAAACAAUGUGAUCGAUACAGCCACAGAGGCCAAGAGAAAUAUUCACCCACUCCGCAAAGCUGCCAGGGAGGGAAUUGGAGGUGGUCUUGGCCCCAUCUUUGGAGGAGUGAGGCCAAGUUACUUGGUUCAAGAUGACACUGGUGUCCAGAUGCCCAAUUACGUCGGCAGUAGAUCUCAGGACGUCAAAGAGCUGAAUGAGACACGUGAUAUUCAGCAAUCCAAGAAAAGACUUGGAUUCACAUGGUAAACAUCUGUUGAAAAGAGUAACAUGGUCAGGUGAAGCAUGAUUAGAAAAACAAUAAACCAAUGGAAUUCAGCAUUUCCUAAGCAUUUAUGAUAUACCCCCUAUUAUGUCAUUUAUUUCACACUCAAAAAAACCACACUUGAUAGGCAAGUACUUGACUGACCUAGUGGGAUGAUUGCAGUCUUUUCAGCGCUCAAAGAUGAUUCAUCUCAGAACUAUGGAAAUGUAGAGUGUAUAACUGUCUCUGAAAUUAGAUUUUUAGUUUUGUUAUUUUACAUAAUAUACAUACACACAAUUCAAUUAAAACUAGUGCACAAAUUGGGAAACUGCUGAUCAUUUCUAGCCUGGUCCUAGAUCUGUACCUACAUGACAAAGAUAGUCAAGAGUUGGCUAAAGCACAGAUCUGGGACCAGGACAUAUAGUGCAACGGUUUCAUUUUAAUACAUAAGAUUCACCCAGAUUAAAAUGUGACAUGUCAAUGUUAUCUUUAUAUCUAUUGUAUCAGUUGUCACUCUUCUGUGAAACUUUAUAAUAAACAAUCUAUAGGCAAUAAAACAAACAUUUUAACCAUAUCCUUUUAUUUUAAAACAUGGUUCAUUGGGGAAUAUUGAAUUCGGCCCGUUUUUACAAAGCCAGUGGUUUUCAUUUAUAGUUUAAAGGAAAGUCAUGCCCAGGAAUUUAACACCUAGUAUGAACUAACAUGGAACUUCACAGCAAUGUAUUUACACAUUGCUCUGGUGAGGAAUUUUAAACAUUUUGAAAGAUGUAAUGGGUAAAAAACUGAACAUAAAAUACUAACAAAAAUGGAUACAAUUAUACAAAACUAAUUUGAGACUGAGGUCAAGAUAAAAAGUUCGGGUUCCCUGAAACAGGUCAAAAAAAAGAACUAAACGGUAUACGCAUCUAACACCCCAAUCAUUUCACAAAAUGUCUGCACUCUUACCUGUC